CAGGCAUUCCUACCAGGGCUUUACGAGAUACACCAUUAUCCGACUUUACGACUUCUGAACGCGAGGCGUGGAUACGCAACCGGGAAACAACAUGCCACUCAUCUAUAGCGAGGGUCGCGAACAACCACAGAGAAGAUUGCGAGAGGAGGUCCAGAAAUCGGUAAAAGGCACUCACUACAACAACUUCUCCAUCACCUUCAGCCUUUCUGGGGUCCCCGAGACUCCACAUUUCGUAGCAAGAGAUGGAGAAGUAGCCGAGAUUCGAAGAAUGCUAUGCUCGGAUGGGAGCCGUCGCAUUGUCGUGCUACAUGGUCUCGGCGGCAUUGGUAAGACACAACUGGCUGCGACGUAUAUCAACCGAUAUCGGGACGAGUACUCGGCCAUCUUCUGGCUCAAUAUCAAGGACGAAGCGUCCAUUCAACAGAGCUUUGCUAGGAUCGCAGCGCAGAUCCUGGAGCAGAAUGCCGAUGUCGGCAGCCUCAAGGGACUGAACCUACAGCAAGAACACGACGAGAUUGUCCAGGCCGUGAAGGCGUGGCUCAGCUUGCCAGGCAACACUAGAUGGCUCAUUGUGUAUGAUAACUACGACAACCCAAAGCUUCCAGGGCGGAAAACCGAUGCAGCGGUUGAUAUACACCAGUUUCUUCCGAGGGCACAUCAGGGCUCAAUUGUGAUCACAACACGGCUGUCGCAAAUCGACAUAGGACAUCACAUUCGAAUUGAGAAACUCAAAUCCGAGCACGAGAGCCUACAAAUACUUUCAAAAGCAUCAGGCCGAAAUGGCCUACAAGAUGACGGUGAUGCAAAAGACCUUGUACGAGAACUGGACGGGCUUCCACUCGCUCUAGCUACGGCUGGAGCAUAUCUGAAGCGCGUCCCAGUCAGCAUACGCGACUACACUCGCUACUACCAGGAAUCUUGGGCAAGACUCUCCGGUAAUCUACAUCUCGGAUCCUAUGCAGAUCGUACGUUGAGUUCAACAUGGCAGCUGUCAUAUGAACAUGUUCAGGCACAAAACCCACUUGCGGCUCAUCUGCUCCGGUGGUGGGCCUACUUCAACAACGAGGAUAUGUGGUUCGGUCUUUUCUGUGCGAGAAGUGGAAUGGGCCCCGUUUGGAUGAAGCAGCUCUCAGAAGAGCUUAACUUCAACGAUGCGAUGGGCGUACUCCACGACUACGGCCUUGUCGAACCUACAACCAUAUUCCAGAGGAUACAAGGGUACAGUAUACAUGGUUGCCUACAUUCUUGGGCGAUCCAUAUCUUGAAUAAGGAGUGGGACGGCCGCUUGAGCAAGCUUGCAGUCGAAAGCGUGGCGUCGCAGGUUCCAUCAAACGUAGGAGCAGAUUAUUGGCUGCUUCAGAAGCGACUCAUACCACAUGCGAUCCGGUCUUGUUCAGCAGUACAGGACGGUGAUGUUCCUUCAAAUUGGGCUUUCCAUUCUCUAGGCAACCUUUACUCGGAUCAGGGGAAGCUGGGCGAAGCCGAGAAGAUGUUCUUACGGGCGCUUCAUGGGUACGAGAAGGCACUGGGACCGGAUCAUACAUCAACACUUAACACGGUUAACAACCUUGGGGCCCUAUACUCUAAUCAGUGGAAGCUGGGCGAAGCCGAGAAGAUGUACUUGCGGGCGCUUCAUGGGCGAGAGAAGGCACUGGGACCGGAUCAUACAUCAACACUUCACACAGUCAACAACCUUGGGAUCCUUUACAGGGAUCAGGGGAAGCUGGGCGAAGCCGAGAAGAUGUACUUGCGGGCGCUUCAUGGGCGAGAGAAGGCACUGGGAGCGGAUCAUACAUCAACACUUAACACAGUCAACAACCUUGGGGUCCUGUACUCGAAUCAGGGGAAGCUGGGCGAAGCCGAGAAGAUGUUCUUCCGGGCGCUUCAUGGGUACGAGAAGGCACUGGGACCGGAUCAUACAUCAACACUUAACACGGUUAACAACCUUGGGGCCCUAUACUCUAAUCAGUGGAAGCUGAACGAGGCUGAGAAGAUGUACUUACGGGCGCUUCAUGGGUACGAGAAGGCACUGGGACCGGAUCACACGUCAAUACUUAAGAUAGUCGAUAACCUUGGGAUCCUUUACAGGGAUCAGGGGAAGCUAGGCGAGGCCGAGAAGAUGCAUCUGCGGGCGCUCCAUGGGCAAGAGGAGGUACUAGGACCGGAUCAUACAUCAACACUUAACACAGUCAACAACCUUGGGGUCCUGUACUCGAAUCAGGGGAAGCUGGACGAGGCCGAGAAGAUGUAUCUGCGGGCGCUCUGUGGAUACGAGAGAGCUAUGGGAAUUGAUAAAAUCACGACAUACCGGCCAGCGAUUAACACCCUCAUGAACCUCGGAUCUCUGCGCUCAAAACAGGGCCUUUUGGGUCAAGCGCGACAAUAUUAUCAACGUGCUUCCGAUGGUCUUGAGAGGCUACUCGGGCCAACGCAUCCGGAUGUCCAGUCAGCGCGGCAUACUCUCGAGCUUACAUAUCGCACGGUUGAAGAUGGGAUGUCCUCGAGCGAUGACCAACACUUGCCAGAUCCAACACAACCCCGGUCGUCGAAGAAGAGGUCAAGAGAUAUUUUGAAGAGGGUCCUAGGCCUUCACGUAGAAUAGGAAAGUCAACAAUAGGGUAGUCUAAUACUAUACUGUAGCAC